AUGUCGGAUCCCGUUUAUUUCGUGGACCCCAAGCCUGAUUCACAAGCAGUCGCAGCAACGCAGGCUGCCGAUGCCAAGCCUGCAGCGCCGAAAGACCCGGCUGCCCCGACGAGCCUCCGGAAAUUUGACUUCUCGGCGAUCUCUGGCAAGCAUGACGAUGAUGGGCGACCGGUGAGCUAUCGCAUGGCGGACGACUUCGCACAGCAGGGUUACGUUGUGAACCCCAGCACGCACAGUAUGCGCGAGCCCAAAUACGUCUCGCUUUCGGAGCCAAAGUACACGGCAGCUGAUAAGAACCCAACCAUCUGUGGGCAUCCCGGUGAACCUAGCGGGCAAUACGCAUUGGACGCCUGCGUGGACGAAAACUUUGCAGGUUUGAUCACCAAAUUUUCAGCUGUGUGGGACAAAUGGCAGAAGCUCUCUACACACUACAAGGUGCUGGCACCUAACUGGGUGGGACACACGCAGGAGAUUUUUGAUAAUCAGUUCCAGCGCUUUCUGAGCAGCGUUGGGGCCGCGCCGGCCACCCGGGCUGGCGCAACUCAAGCUGACUUGCUCAGCACCUCCGCCUCAACAGCUGUCACGAGCCGACCCGCUAGCCUAACACCCUACCUCACGGUUGCCGACGACGUGGAAGUGUCGUUUGCAGCCAUGCUAUCUGAUCUCUGCAACAUGGCAUACGAGGUGGACAAGCUUGACCGGGACCUCCUGGAGGCUCGUUACCAGCUUUCUUUGAUUGCUACGUCCAUCAGCUGUAGUAAUACCUGUAUGAGCACCCCCGGUGCUUCGGAAUUAAUGAGCGAAGCAGUUACAGGAGCCCCGGGCACAGAGGACCAGCAAGAGCAGCACGAGACACAUGCGGACGGACGCGUGGCAACUAUGUCAACAGCAACACUUCUGGAUGGCAUGUACGGCACUCAAUUGGCGCCUAGUGUUGUCUCCUUCACAAUGGGGGGCUCGCCUCAGCUGUCGCCGUCUAUCUCCAUGCUGCAGCUCACUUCGCCGGAGGCGGUGACUGCGGCCCUGACCAGCCAGGGCCACGGCGCCGCAUUCGAGCAUCCUGUAUACGUUUCAACCCUGCACCAGGCGCUUACGUCGAUGGGUUCCUACGAUGAUGACGGAGAUAUCUCCGACCUGGAGCAUCGGGCCGCGAUGGCUGCCCGCGGGCCGCGGGCGAUGUUACUCGGAAGCAGUAGCACGGGCGUCACCAUGGGGACCAUGGGCACCCUGGACGAAAUCUCAAUGGCCAUGAUACAGCAGACCUUAGCAGCAGACGAGAAAACCGCUGACAAUAGCGAAGGUGCCAUCGCGCAAUCGCCCACAAUGGUGGGACUGCAGGCUGGCGGAAUGUAUGCUGCGCCUGUACAUGCGCCAUUCGGCGGCGCACCUUUGGCUGCGGGUGCAAUGCUUGGCAGGGGUGGCGGGGAGUUUCGAGAUGCGGUUGCGUCAGGCACGCUGUUCUGCGACGCAAGUUUGUGCGAGGACCGGGACUUUGUGGCUGGCCAAUUUUAUGGUUAUAAGACGCAGCUUGUGGAACGCCGCACAAGUAGCGCUGCCGGCGAGGCAGCACCGGUGGCAGCAGUUGCCCAGAGUGGUGCCGCCGGAGGCCGUGCACUCCGUGAGGAACAGCUUGGAAGGCGCCGUGCUUCGUCAUCCGGAGCCACGGCUGGGAUGGGCGGUGUUGACGGAGAUGGGCCAGUCGCGGUUAGUGGACCGCAAGAGGUGACGGAUGUCCUCAACACCCUGGGCAAUGAGGCGGUAGCAGGUGGCCCGCCGGUUGUGGUGGCUUGUAGCAAGGCGCCCCCUAGUGCCUGGUUCGCAUGUGAUGACAAGCAGAGGGGCAUCCGCUACUUUGCUAUCCAGGGCUCCACGUCCCUAGAGCACUGGCAGAUUAACCUGCAAUUUGAGCCCGUGGUUUUCGAGGACCCUAAAUAUGGUGUUCGUAUCCAUCGCGGCGUGUACGAGGCCGCUAAGGUGUUGUACGACGAUUUGCUACCUCUUGUGCGACAGCACCUGGAGACAUCUCCAAACGCCAUGGUGUCCUUUGCGGGUCACUCACUUGGCGGUAGCCUCGGAACGGUGCUGAUGCUCCUAUUUGUGUUGCGCGGCGUGCUCAAGCCGUCCAACAUAUCUCCUGUCUACACCUUUGGCGCACCGGCAGUCUUUUGCCAGGGCGCCGUUGCCGAUGCGCCGCACGACCGUUGCCUAAAGUGCCACCUCAAUUGUGAGUUGCGCCACGCGGCCACGGCCAUGGGACCCUUGGCUGGCAUCGCCGCCAUGGCGGCGUCCAUGGAUCAGGUUCAGACGCUGCCGCUAGGCCUCAUGGCGAGUCUAGGGCUCGCAGACGACAAGGUGGUCAACGUGAUCAUGCAUAAGGAUAUUGUGCCCCGCGCCUUUGUGUGCGACUACACAAUGGUGGCGGGCGUGCUGCAGCGCUGGUGGCCAUCCUUCCGUGAUCACCACUCCCUCCAAGAUGACGCAGGGCCACACAAGAGCCUGUACAACUUCGUGGGCCGUAUGGCAGUUCUGCGGCCAUCUUCGGACCUGCCGUUCGUGAACGGCCCGGCGGACGCCUCCCAUCCUAUGCUGCCAAACCAUGCGGCGCUCUAUCGAGUGGGCCUUCACGAGGAGCUGGUGCCCUCGGUCGACUACGCAGCUGCAUCCAUGACCUCCUGGGACGAGCUGCUGGUCGUGGGAUUGUCAGCCAUGGCCAGCGGGUGCCGCCGGCACCGGGCGGCUACCGCUGCUCGGCGUGCGGCCAAGCUCGAGCGCAUGCAGGAGAGCGUGAUGCAAUUCAUGAAUCAGCCACACCCGCUCACGACGUUGUCUGACUACCAGGCGUACGGUCCACACGGCUUUGUAAGCCGCUUUCAUAACCCAGAUAACUACACACGGGCUCUUCGCGCUUUGUCCGGUCGCUAG